CAAGAAUCCGAAGUCUAUUUCAAGAAGCACAGCCUUUCCUUUUUUCUCUCCCAAAACUAAAGUUGCGUAUUUUUUUUUUAAUCCCCUCUUCUUUUGAUUCCCCUUUGUUAGAGCUUUUCCUCUUUUGGUGACUCGAACCAACGACCCUAAGAUUGUAAGUGGGAAGUGCUGACCAUCUAAGCAAUCUCCUCUUGUCAAAAAGUUGCAUAGUUGAAGUUAACUUUUCCCUCUUUCACACCUCUACGCCUUAACUUUUCCUCAUUUGCAGAAGCCUUAGCAAGAGAACCUCACGGAUUGAAUGUUUGAUACCAUCAAAAUUUUGAUGCCCUCUGUUCUUUACUUCUCGUUUUUCCUCUCCUUUGGCUCUGUUAAAGAAGCCUGGUACUAUCACUGCAUUGGCCUUGACCCUUGAGAUUUUAAUAUAAAUUUGUCCCAUCUUUUUUCCUUAUUCCAAUUACUGCAUCAGCUAGCUGUUUCUUGAUAAUAUAAAAAUAAAAACGAAAGGAUAUAUAGAUGGAGGUAAAGUUGACGAAAUCAUUUUCUGAGAAGAUAUCCAUGCAAAAACCAAUAAAGAAGGUGAAAGUUACUAGGUUCUUGAUCACAGUCAAUGUCUUGGGAAGUGCUGGACCGCUAAGGUUUGUUGUGAGUGAGAAUGAUAAGGUUGCUAGUGUCGUUGACACUGCUUUGAAACAAUAUGCUCGCGAGGGCCGACUUCCAAUUCUGAGUUCUAAUAUCAAUGAUUUCUUUCUUUACUCAGCUACUGAUGGAAUUGAUGCUCUGGGACCAUUGGACUCAAUAGGAUCGCUAAGAGUGAGAAAUUUCAUCCUAUGCAAGAGGCAAAAACAUGUAAUGACAAAAGAAAGGGCACAUGGCAUUGCUCAGAAUGGAAAAGGAGGUUGGAUAGCUUGGCUCAUUAAGUCCUUUAACUUCAGGAUUCAUUCUCAUUGAAGUACUUUAUUCUGUUGUUUUCAAUUGUGUGUUCGUCAAGACUAAAAUAAGCUGAUUCUGUGCUCUCAAGCAAUUGCCUUUGUGAUGAAUAUAUGAUUAUUAUUUUAAUAAUUAA